AGUGCUUGACAAAACGUUGUUGCGGGAGGAAUUUUUUCACCUCAAUUUAAUUUUUAUUCAAGUCUUAAUAUUUUUUAAUAAAGAUCUAUAAAGCGGCAAAAUGGACGACGAUUUACCGACCGAUUUUGAGGUCAUCGUUGUUGGGACGGGGAUGGUGGAGUCUAUUGUGGCUGCAGCAUGCAGCAGGAUAGGCAAGAAUGUCCUUCAUCUGGACUCCAGCGACCACUACGGUGGGCUAUGGGCUUCUUACAAUUUCGACGGUCUCCAGAAAUUCAUUAAAGAAGUUGAUGCUGAUCCUAAGAGGCAGUGGCCGGUUUAUAAUUUAUCUGAGAAGUGGUACAUAGAAAAAGAAUCCUCAGCGCCUGAGCAAAAGGAUGAAGGAGAUGAGAACAAGACUGAUGACAGCAAAGCAGAAACCCCCAAAAAAGUGUGGACCCAGGCCAACUUCACUGCUGAAUAUAGGAAAUUUAACAUAGACAUGACUCCCAAGCUGCUCUUCUCCCGCGGUCCUCUCGUCGAGCUGCUCAUAUCUUCAAACAUCGCUCGCUACGCCGAGUUCCGUUGCGUGACGCGCGUUCUGACGUGGCUGAACGAUCGCCUGGUGCCGGUGCCGUGUUCCCGCGCUGACGUCUUCGCGACUGAGGCCGUCAGCAUCGUCGAGAAGCGAAUGCUGAUGAAGAUGCUCACUUCUAUCGUUGGCUACAAUGAGGAGGAGAUGAACAAUGAAUUCAAGGACUGGAAUGACAAGACAUUCAAGGAGUACCUAACGCACAAGGGUUUGACUCCCAACCUGAUCCACUAUGUACUGUAUGCCAUCGCGGGAGGUACGGAUAAGAUGCCCUGCUUGGAGGGAGUGAGGGAGUGCAAGAAGUUCCUUAUGAGUCUCGGCCGAUACGGGAACACGCCCUUCUUGUGGCCUAUGUAUGGCAGUGGGGAGUUGCCGCAGUGCUUCUGCAGGCUGUGUGCCGUAUUCGGUGGCGUCUACUGCCUUAACCGGCCAAUCGACAAAGUUGAGAUUAAAACCCUCGACGAAGGCAAACGAGUCGUGGCAAUCCAGAGCAAGUCCAAGACUUUGAACUGCAACAAUCUGGUGGUGGGCAUCGACGAGUGUCCUAAGGAGAUGCUGCCUUCAGAGCCGGCUGAGACCAGCGAUAUAUCCAAAGCUGUGUUCAUCACGAACAACACCAUAAUGCCGAGCGAGAAGGAACCGCUGACACUGCUGCGUUUCCCGCCUCUGAGCGAUGAGGGACACGCCGUGACGGUCCUGGAGGUCGGCCCGGCCACUGGAUCCUGCCCUAAGGGAUUGUACGUGGUGUACUUCAUCACGAAGAUGGUCAAAGACGCCGAGAGCGACCUGCAACAAUACGCCGCCAAGAUAUUUGACAUGAGCGGCGGCGACCAGACCGCCGAGUCUGACAAGCCUAAGUGUCUGUACUCGCUGUACUACAACGUGAAGGACACGAGCGUGCCGGUGGCGAGCGCGGCGCCCGAGGUGCACGUGUGCGCCGGACCCGACGUGGGGCUCGACUUCGACCGCGCCGUCGAGCAGGCGGAGCAGGUGUUCAAGAAGAUCUGCCCGGGCGAGGAGUUCCUGCCGCGCGCGCCCGACCCAGAGGAGAUCGUGUUCGAGGAUGACGUCACGCACGGGCCAGAGUUCGCGCGCCACGAGGACGACGCCGAGGGCGACGCGCAGUAGGCAGCACACGGCGCGUUUGAGCGUGCGGACGGGGUUAUGCAAGCGUACACAACACUAUUGACCGUUUGAAACACUACGAGCGUGCAUGAAGGUUUGACCAUCUCUCGACUACUGUCAUUCUUUUGGCGCCAAUUUAUACGUCAUUUUGGACGCCAUUUUUAAUCAGAUUGACACAGAUUUGAAAACGAUUACUUAUGGAUUGAAUUUGGGCUAUUGAUUACUUUUGGGAAGUUAGUAACUUGCAUAACACCAAGCCGACUUUAGCUAAUAAUAAUAAACUUGUAGCCGAUGAUCGAGCAUUCGAGACGAUCACAUUCCGAUACGCAGCAUAUCGACUAAGAUCUCCGUAAUCUUUUCUAACGUUAGUAGUUAAUUUUCACACGUUCAAACGUGCUGUAUUAGGUACAUCUAAGGUGUAAUCUCAGUAAGAUUUAUACGCUUUGGUCGCUUGACUACGUGCAUUCCGACUGGUGCGUUUGGUUUGUAAUGGAACUGACACAAUGACGCCGGUUGUGCGAGAAACUUGUAGGAUAGGAAUCUUAUCGGAAACCGUGACCUGCUCAGUUUACUCAUUUUAAUAUUUGGACCGUUUCAUUAUAUUUUUGUAUUCGUUAUCGGUCGAAUGAUAUCUAAAACGAGAUUCAGUUUAGAGACGAUAGUGAAGUGAGCAGGUCAAACCCUGCUUCGAUAUGCUGUUCAUUAUCAGGGUUAGCGGUAUGAAUGGAGUAUAGCUAGGUUGUCUUGAUAAAAGUUAGCAAGAUCGAAUCGUAGCGUUUUGGAAAGUUUUUAUAUCAAACUGAAUAUGAUAGACCAAUACAUAGUAUUAUUUUAGCGUCUGUACUUAUUAA